AUGGCCCCUCGGCGCCUCCUGUUGGUUGGGGAGGGGAAUUUCUCCUUCGCCGCGGCCCUGAGCGAGACCCUGGACGACAGCACCAGUGUAACCGCCACCUGCCUCCAGCGCCCGGCCGACUUGGCCGGAGAUCCGGUGGCCCAGGAGAAUCUGCAGCGCCUGCGCGAGCGAGGUACUGAGGUGCGUUUUGGUGUGGACUGCACCCAGCUGGCAGAUGCCUUUGAACUGCACCACAGGGAGUUUGAUCGGAUUUAUUUUAAUUUUCCUCACUGUGGACGCAAAGCUGGAGUUGCUAAGAACAGGGAACUGCUUGCCAAGUUUUUCCAGAGCUGUAAAGAUGUUCUCGCACCGGAAGGAGAAGUCUAUGUGGCAUUGUGUAGAGGACAAGGUGGGACUCCUGCUGAUAAGCCCACAAGAGAAUGGCAUAACAGUUGGCAAGUAGUUGCCAUGGCAGCUCUGGGGGGAUUCAUUUUAAGUGACGUGCAUCCUUUCAGCUGUGAGGCUGUGCCAGGGUACAAGUGCACUGGAUAUAGGAGUCAAGACAAGUCCUUUCAUGUAGAAGGUGCUUUGAACCAUAUCUUCACCCGGAGCUUACCCUUUGAAGAUUCACAGCCCAGAAUCUUCAGGACCAAAGUGGGUGGCCGGUGGUUUUCCUUUCCAGAACCAGAAGCACUUGUAGGAAAGUUGAACAGAGGUUUCCUAGAAGCACCUUCAUGUCAUCCUGUCAGAACCAUUAAUGAGAAACUCAUUGCGGAAUUGGGCAAAGUUUUCCCUCUAAAAAGGCUGAAGCGUCCCUUCCCUUUGCUGCCACAGGGAAGCACUAGUGCUCUCACUUCCUGGAACUGUGACAUUCUGUCAGCUGCCUUUUGGAUUAGUCUCCGUGAAGAUGACUCAAAUUCUGAGUCCCUGACUGAUGGGACAACACAAGACAUGGAGGACUUUCUGGAGCUAUUUUCAGAACUUAGCCUUCUCAAGGAUCCUGGAAGCAACAGUAAGGAAGAAGCUCAUGAAGAAAGCUAUGGCCAAACCACGGUCUGCCUUAGGCCUUCUCUCCUAGUUCAUGUUCAGGCUGUCAUCCAAGCACCAGACUUUGUCCCAGGUUACCUGCACAUCCUCAGUGGACCUGUCUUUCGGAAGUGCCGCAUCUUGCCUUUCACAAUGCCAGCAUUUCAUGAGACUUUAUUUGUCAUCGGGUUUAAUAAAAAUCUGAAGGAUGGUUGUCUUCAGUCACUACUGGAGCACUUGAAGGGUUUUCUUGAUAGCCUUCUCACCCACACAUUGCUGGAGGGCUCUCAGCUGAGCAGUUCAGUGGAAUUUGUCUUUCAACCAAAUGGCAAAGAGUAUAUUAUUAAUGUGAAGCGUCCUAAUUUUGGCCCAGAUUGUGCCAAGGCUCUGAUUAUUGGGUCUGUCGUCACAUCUGCUACAGGCAUUAUGCACAAAGACCAGUGUUUUAUGUUUGUGUCUAUGAACUUGGACCUACUAGCUAUGCUUGUCUGGGGCAUCUCUGACUGGAGGAUGCUGUGGACCUUUGAUCACCGUUUCCUGAAAAAUUUUGUCUCUGGGAGUAUAGAACCCUUUAAAAGCUAUUGCCUGUAUCCUCCAUGCUAUGUUCAUGAUAUUAGUUUUUGGUUAGAUGAGAAGAAAGGAUUUGAUGAACUAGAAUUUCAUACGGUGGCCCGAGCAGUGUCCCGGGACACUGUCAUAUCCAUACAGUUCCUCAGUCGUUUUCAGCAUCCAAAGACUCAACAGGUCAGUCUCUGCUAUAGGUUGACUUACCAGACGUGUGACAAAGCCCUCCCCCAGCAACAGGUGUCAUCAAUGCAGUCGCAGCUUAGGAAAGAGAUUCAGCAAAGACUACAUGUAAUACCUCGGUAG